UCCCCACAAUAUUGUUAUCUAUUGAAACUAUAGGAAUUCACAAUCUACAGAGGCACCACCUUGUCAAUUUGAAUACUUUGAAUACUAAUCAGCAUCAGUUUAUUGAUUUUAAAGUAGAUAUAAAGCCCAAAUCUACGAAUUUCUAAAUAUGUUUUGAUAUUAAAUUGAGUUGUCAACAUGCAAAGGGGUUUAACACCAAUUCAAACAGGCCUGGUGUAAAUGUUCUGACAUCUCAAAUGCAUUUGUAAUCUCUUCCUCAUUCAUCAGUCGUCUUCAUCACAGAUAGUGAACUGCACAUUGACUUCCUGUUUCCAGAUGAGUCUCCUCGGAUCUUGCAUAUUUUUCUAUUCAGCCUCUUUUCUCCUUUGACUUUCAUUCAGCAGUGCACGUGCUCAGAUAGUCACUGUGGUUCUGAUUGGAUUACGAUGACUCAUCUGCAGCAUGAAGCUUAUGCCCAAUGACUGCAUCACAAUCCUUGUGUCCAGGUUGGGGACAGAGGUGGACAGAAGUGAUGGGGGUAGUUCAUCAGUACCUGGACCUUCUGGCCUUGUGUCUCUGUCUGUUGUCAUUCUCAGUGCUCAGGUCAAUGUGUUACUGUGUCUUCCCGUCCUGUGUGCUCUCCUUUAAGGUUCCGGUUGAGUCAAUGAAGAUUAAAUUGCUGUUUUUUGGUUUUGAUUUGGUGGAAAAUGACAAAAUAAUUGAAUUUCCAUACGUUAUCAGUGCAUCCUUCAUCAAUACUUUGCUUUAACAUCAAGCAGUUGAACUAGGUCGAGUGGUAUCACCACCGUCCUUCAGUCCACUGACCCCUAGCACGGUUUAUAAGCAGCACAUAUAAUCCCAUCAGUGUCCUGUUCCUGCCCCUGUAUCAGCCUCCAUGUUCCAGUCUAGGGGUUAAAGAAGCCUCUGUAAAGCUUGUCUAUUGUCUGUGUGUGUGGGUGGAGUCCGACACUGUGGGAUUACAGGCCUGUAGGUCUGGAUUAUACAUCAGGAGACAAUGGUGCAGCACAAGGAAAAGAGCUGUCGUGGACCAGCGGUGGUAGAACAGCUUCUGGACCAGAGCAACUUUAUUGGAGCAAGUUCUCUGAUGCAUGCCGAUGCUUUUGAACUCAAACUAUGAAUCUUACAUUGUUUGUUUUCUGUAGUUUUUGGUUCAUGGACAUUUACCGUCUCGGUUUUCCUAUUUUUGGAUUUAGAACAUCUCCAAACCCUCAGAUUCUGCAGGAAUAAUGUAUUUGCAGAACAGGAAUAACGCUAUCAACACAGAGAGGAGCAGGAAGAACCUAAAAGGCAAAACAUGGACUCACUUGAAGACGCCUCCACCUCAGGAGGGGAUCCUCACCCUGUUGCCCACGAAGGGGGACAACAGGCUGGAGGCAAAGGAGAACGUGGCAGAGGAGCGGGAGUCAACGCAGCGCACAGCUUUUGGGAAGGCCUUCUACGACCUGACCCAUUCGGAGAGGGUGAUGAACGACCUGUCGUUUGGAAGGAGGGUGGGGCUUUAUGAGCUGAGAGGGCAGAUCGGCUGUGGCAACUUCUCCGAGGUCCGACUGGGAAUACAUGACCUGACUAAAGAGCGAGUGGCAGUUAAAGUUCUGGAUAAGGUUCGUCUGGACAAGCGCUCACAGACGCUCUUUGCCUCUGAAAUCUCCUGCAUGGAGAAGCUGGCCCACCCCAACAUAGUGCGGCUGUAUGAGGUGGUGGAGACCUUCAGGAGGCUCCACCUGGUCAUGGAGUACGCCAGCGGAGGAGAGCUAUUCUCGCGUAUCAGCACCAGGGGGCGCCUGUCUGAUCUGGAGAGCAAGCUGUUGUUUUCCCAGGUCCUGUCUGCUGUCAAGCAUAUGCAUGACAGUAAUAUUGUGCACCGGGACCUGAAGGCAGAGAACGUUUUCUACACCAACACUUGCUGCAUUAAAGUGGGCGACUUUGGUUUCAGCGUCUUCUGCUGCCCCAGCGACGUCCUCCACACGUUCUGUGGCUCUCCACCUUACGCCGCCCCCGAGCUCUUCAAGGGGAGGGGCUAUAUAGGUCGAUAUGUGGAUAUGUGGGCGCUGGGUAUCUUGCUUUACUUCAUGAUGACCGCCACCAUGCCAUUCAAAGCUACAAACACCAGGAGACUGAAAUGUUGUAUCCUGCAGGGCUCUUACGCCAUCCCCUCCUACGUACCUGAAUCCUGCCAGGAGGUCAUCAAGGGCCUCCUGAGGCCGGUGCCUGUUGAUCGCCUCACGAUGGCACAGAUCAUGUCCAGUGAUUGGAUGAGAGGCCUAGAGUACCCCCAGGCGUUUCCCUCCUAUAGCUCUACUCCCUCACAUCUGGCCGAGCCCACCCGCAUCCUCAGCCCCGAUGAACUACAUGUGAAGGCGGCGCUGGAGGAUCUCGGCAUCACCAGGGCUCACCUCCUCAACAGCAGCGUGGACCUGAGGAGCCCCGUGUGCGGCACCUACCGGAUUAUACUGCAUCGCAUUCAGAAGAGGAGGUGUGUGGAGGCUGUGGGACACAACCAGCAGUGCAUGAGGGAAUCUCAGAACAGACUCCGAUGGAGAGUGGACUCGGACGGACCAUUGAAUGAACACAACUCUGUUGUCUGUGUCAUCAUGUAGCACUUUGGACCACGUGCUUCUUUGACUUCUUCCAAAGAGUUUGAUGUGACAGUUUGUGAGGAGAGGUGUGGAGCUGGAGCCAGGAGGCCAAGCUCAGUUUGUCCAAAGGUUAAACUUAUAUCUAUAUCUACGAUAGUUUUUUAUUGUUGUAUAUUUGAUAACUGUGCAAACAUCAUUACCAGAGCAAUCAUUAUAUGGGAAUAGGCAAACAUAUAUUACUGUGGCAAUCAUUAAUGUAAUAUAAAUAAAGAUAUACAAAUACAGUAUAGAGUUGGUUAAAAUGUGACCAGCAGCACACAUCAAUAAUUUUUUUAAGGUGGACCUGUCAAUUUCACUUCCUACACUUGUCUUGCCUUCACAUGAUAUGACACCAUUGUAGAUGUUACACAAACAGAUGCACAAACUCCAUGUUUAACACAAGUUCAUGAGACGGUUCUUUUGGUCGUACUCUAGCAGAACAGCCAUCAAAUAUUGAAUGAAUCCUUUAGCAGAUUUCACCAGAUUCUUGGUGAAGCUCAAAGGACAGAACAUGGUUUCACUUUUGAUUCUGGCGUUGAGGAGGUGUCGCUGAUUCCCCGUGAAUGAAAGUUCAGCCCGGAGACACAUUCUGUGACAACUUCCAACAUGUUCUGAGAUUAUUUGAAAUGAAGGGAAACUCAAAGCCCUCGAGGCUCAGGUUGCCACGAAUGCGGAAAUAAAAACCAUAAGUUUCUUUAUUACACUUUUUUAAAUUAUAUCAAUGAUGAUCAGGGAAAUGCCAAUCAGGUCAAAGGUCAACAACGAUGCUUCUGAAUAGCGUUCUUACAUUUUCAAUACAUUUCAACACUUUGGUUUUCGUCCAGACUUUGUAGAUGAAUCCGUGGUAAAAAGUUUGAUAAUUUUUUCCACUCAUCCAUAACUAAUUAAAUUCUUAAUGAUGAAUGAAUUCUCAUAAAUGCUUAACAUCAAUUUAGCAUUAUAGUAGAUACAGUUAACAAACAAAUAAAUAAGCAGGGGCAACAUAUUUUGAUGUUUCUUCUAGUUUUAAACGUAUUUAUAAAUAAUUAAGUAUAAAACAUUUAAUUUUUCCUUAUUUUAAAGCAAAGACAUGAACAAAAUCUGUCCCAGAAUUUUCUUGCUGACAUUCUAUUUAAAUUGGGAUGCUGAGUUUACAAAACAAAUUUGGUCUUUGUGAUUUAAAAACUAAUGAAUGUUAUUAUAUUUUAGACAGGGUCAUUAUAAUUUGAUUAAAUGUAAACACUUAUGUUUAUGUGCAAUUUUUAAUAAUUUAUAUUUAUUAAUAUUUUAUAUUUAUACAACCCAGGAAAUGUCUUUAAAAGUAUAAGCAGUUAACAGAUGUCUGCAACAUUUACUUAACUGCAAGAUUCAUAGUAUACAUGAAUAUAUAUAUAUAUAUAUAUAUACAAAUACUCAUAUGCAUAUGAGCUAAAGUAGCAGCUAUGACAUGAUGAUAGAGAAAUGAUAAUAAACAUAAUGUGAUUUCACUUUGUGAUGUGCUGUGAUUUAUGGCAGCUUUCCCUUUUUUAUUGCCCUUUCUAGACUCAUAGGAGUCAAGAUGACAGGUCAGUCUUUGGAUUUAUGUUCACUCUAAUUUCCAAAGCUUUUUUAUGCCAUUAAGGUGAAAGAGAUGAAACAAUAGGAAACAAGUAUGUGCCGUGACUUCUAUUGGUUUUAUUUCAGUUUUUAAAACCUGCCGCGACAUGUAACAGCCUCACUUUCUCUUCUUCUGAUUUAUACGUGUUCAAACAUCCCAUUCCCUGUAAUUCAUCACAUUUGUUGCAGCCUAAAGUGAUUUUCCCAUAUAUUGUUUUCCUGUCUCAUACUUUCCUUUCACGUUUUUUUCUCCGCUUUAUGAAAGACUGCCCAGAUUUCUGCUUAUGAUGCCAACCAGCCAUUUAUUUCUUUCUCUCCAUGCAUUCGAGCGUUGACGUGUUGUUUUGAUAAACACAAGAAGAAACUGGGUCUCAGCUCAUAUAUCUUUCCCAAGCUGCAGCCAGAUUCCCGAAGGUGGUGAGUCUACUUGUCAAACUUUUUGAAGUAUAAGAGGUAUAUGCCAUUAAUGCCAGUAAAAUAAGUAUAAAUCACCUUUGCCUAGGCAGCAUAAAACAAAUACUUUGGGCAUUAAAGAUUUUUUAAAUGUUGAUUGCGCAACUUAAAAAUAAAAACUCUUACCUCGUACUCAUGUGCAGGUCCAGAUCUGGAGAGCAGAUGUGUUAAUACCUGUCUGAUAAAUAGACAUCAAUACAUGAACUGCAGGAUUGUAUGAUAGCAAAUUGCAAGAUGAAGCCUCUGCAUGGCCCCAAUGUGUGGAAAUCAUCAAUGUGCACAUAUACAAACAGUGUGUUGCUCACAGAGAGAUUGUAUCAGCUGCAUGUCCCUGCAGUUCUUCUGAAUGCUCUUGGAGAUGAGAGGGUGAUGCUCAUGUUGGCUGUAAAUCAACACACCAGAAGACUUCACAUGUGCUACCUGUUGUCUCUCUGCAGAGGUUCCUUGGAAUCAUUCUACUGAGUCAAUGAGCUGUAGCCUACAACCCCUGCAAAGCAAAACAACUGCAAUGAACACACGUCUGAUAAGAUUUUAAAGUGGGACACACACUCAAAUAACAACUAUGGAAAAUAUUCAUCCGUUCAUUUUUUGUGUUCAGUGUUUAAUUUUGAUAAUAUCAAGUGAUUUAUAAGAUAAAUAAAGCUGGUAUGGUUUGUAUUUGUGCUUUUCCAGUCCUGAUAUGACUCUAAGCUCUGUUCACAUGCACAUUCAUACAGUGCAGUUAUGUGCAGCAAUUCCUCCAUCACACAACAGCACGUGGAACGAAGGUGUAAGGCAUCGAACCACCGACUUGCUGGUUUGCGGACGAUCUGUUUUUGUUUGAAGCCCCAUGAACACAGAGUGAAGUCAGUAGAGCUUUUUAAAGCUUCUUACACAAUAUGAUGAUUAUUAUGAUUAAAAUCCAUACUCUGAAUAUUCUAAAGUGUACAAUA